AGCUCAGGCAGAAACUCUGGAGAAAUGUGGGGCUUGGAGGCGAGGCUGAGACUCUCCGCACAUCUCCCUAGUCCUCAGACCCAUCUCCAUAGCUGGCCUCUGAAAAAUGACCUCCAAUGCUUGAGUGGGCUGGGCACCUGCCAGGGGUGGCCAGGCCAUGCCCGGCAGCUCAUUACCAUGGGAGGGAGGGAAGUUUCUCUCCACCCCCAUCUUUCCUUCUCCUCCCUCCCUCGCCUUCUUCCUUUCUAGCUCCUCACCUCCAGGGCCAGACGGAGCCCAGGCUGAUCUCAGGCAGACGCUGACCAACUCUACAGCAGCUCCAGGAGCCCAGACACCAGCUGCCAGAGGGAAGGCCCACAAGCCCUGCCUGCAGCCAUGUCGGCCCUCAGCCUCGUCAUUCUGGGCCUGCUCACAGUGAUGCCACCUGCCAGCUGUCAACAAGGCCUGGGGAACCUCCAGCCCUGGAUGCAGGGCCUCAUAGCUGUGGCCGUGUUCCUGGUCCUUGUUGCAAUCGCCUUUGCCGUCAACCGCUUCUGGUGCCAGGAAGAGACGGAACCUGCGGGUGUGGUCAUGACUGUUGGGAACAAGGUGGAUGGAGUCCUGGCAGGAACAGAAGGAAGGUAUUCCUCGAUGGCAGCCAACUUCAGGUCCAGUGAGCAUGAGAAUGCCUAUGAGAAUGUCCCCGAGGAGGAGGAGGGCAGGGUCCGCAGCACGCCCAUGUGACCCUGGCUCACCUGUGGCCCCAGCCCUGAGGCUCUCAGGUGCCUGUGAUAGAUGCCCAAAGUUACCACCCAAGCCUCUUCCUUCUCUGUGCAGGAAUCUACAGUAAUAAGCCGACUCCCUCCAGCCCCUCCCCUGAAUUAUAGCCAGCCAAGGUCGGAGCUCAGACCAUAUUCAGGUUGGGGCUCUGCUGUGGCCCUGGGGUCUCCCUGGGUCUCCCACCCAAUUCAGAAGAGCCUUCUGAAGAGGACAGUCAGCUCAGCACCUCCCAUCCUGCCUCCCAUCUCCCCAUAACCAUGGAAAUGGCUAUUUCUGUGAAAUAAAGACUUUUUGUACUUCUGGGGCUGAGGCUCAGAAGC